GGUCCACAAUAGGUCGAGUCACUGGUUCAGCUGAUGAUGUGGAAGAGGCGCCCGACGCCUUCAACGCCGCGGCGCAGAGCUUAUCUCGCGAUCUUUCUACAUUCGGGUCACUUAGCCGUUGUGUUGAAAAUGGGGGCUAUCAUGCGACUGCAGAGGCGAAGGCAGUAUGGAUCUGUACGAGCUCGUGCAACUUCUGCCAUAUAAAGGCCGCCGAUCGGCAGUGCUAUCUGUAGAGAAAGAUCAGUGUUCUCUGUGCUCACAUCCUCGGACUCGCUGACACAAUCGUAUUUGUAAUUAUCAGGAUCGAAUCUCUAGUCACACAGUCUUUUUAAUGAGAUCCUUCACCUCUUUGACCUGGCUUGGGCUGCUGGGAUUCCCAGCUUCCGCCUACGCAGCCCCUUUUCUGGAGUCUCGCGGGGAAGCCGUAGACAUUCAGUCGAUAUUUUCUAGCUCCAAUACGAGCUGGGCCUCUGGAACGACCCUGUCGUUUCCGAACUCUCAACAAUUCGAACUUGCGACUGAGCGGUGGUCGACCACCCAAGCUCCAUCAUACGUAGCUGCUAUCAGUCCAGCGAACGAGAAAGAUGUAGCCCUGGCCGUCAAGCUCGCAACCCGAUUUAACAUCUCUUUCCUUGCGACGGGAAAACGCCACGGAUACACCACAACUCUGGGCAAGCUCCAAAGAGGCUUGGCCAUCGACCUCUCGAAGCUCAACUCAUUCGAGGCUGACGUCAAUGCCCGCACCGUGACCCUUGGCGGUGCAGCCGGCAUUGGUGAUUUCCAAGAUGAACUAUACGCCAUGGGCCUGAUGGUCCCGCAUGGCUCCUGUGCUUGUCCGGGCUACGUUGGACUGACGGUCGGCGCCGGCAUCGGACGCUACAUGGGCACCAUGGGCUUGGUGACGGACCACUUGCUCUCGGCGCGCGUCGUCACGGCAAAGGGCGACAUCAUCACUGUUUCGCAGACGGAGAACUCGGAUCUCUUCUGGGGCCUGCGCGGCGCCGGCGCCAACUUUGGUAUCAUCACUUCAGCCACGUACCGUGCUGAACGGGCGGCCGACCACAACAACGGCUUUGUGCUGACGGCUGACCUGCACUACAGGCCCAACAGCACAGCUGCCUACUUCGCGCACCUGGAGAAAACCAAGUUGCCUGCCAACGUCGGCGGCGUACACUUGACUAUCUAUAACGCCACCGAGGGCCAGGCCGAGCUGCUCGCCAAUUGGGUCUGGAUCGGACCCGAGCGUGAGGGCCGCGCCUUCAUGGAGCAAUUCUUAGCGCUGGGCCCGGCCUCGGUCGACAACUACGAAUACGUCCCGUGGAACCGGUUGCUGGGCACGUCGGUCAGCGGGUUCGGGGCGGGCGGCAACUGCAUCGGUGACCAGUACCGCAAUACAUACUCCUCGAACCUGAAGACGGUGUCGGCGGCUUCGAUGCAGCGCACCUUCACCAGACUACAGAAGUGGUACGUCGAUCAUCCCAACGCGCGCAACACUGGGACCAACCUCGAGGUGUUCCCCAACGACGCUGUCGCUGCCGUGAGCGACGACGCCACCGCAUAUCCCUGGCGCGACACCAAGGCCUACAUGGUCGUCGGGAUCAUGGUCGACGACGUGAACAACAAGACACUGCUGGACGCUGGUGACCAGCUCUCACGCGAACUGCGCGCCGACUGGGAUGCGACAGGUGGCUACGCUGCCGAGGGCGGCGCCGUCUACAUCAACUACGCGCACGGCGACGAGUCGCUCGAGAGUAAAUAUGGUGCCCGCAAGCUGCCGCGACUUGCGGCACUCAAGAAAGAGUGGGACCCUAAGAACGUCUUUGCUUACAACAAUGUACUGUCGACUCAGUACCCGUAGAUGGGUCUGGGGCUUGAGCAGCAUGUUUUCCAGACUGUAAUACCUUCUUUCAUAUAUAUAUAAAUAGUCAUAUUAUUACAUUUUACAUCGCAUAUAAGUAAAUGGGGAUGGGACAGACCUUGGAUAGGCUAUAUAGAC